AUGGCUAUGUGGCAAAGCGAAAUCAAAAAUUUGGAAAAAAGGACUUUUGAUAACGAAAAUCCAAAAGAUUGGUCAGAUCAUGCAUUAUGGUGGCCAGCGAAAAAUUGUUGGUUAACAAGAACAAGAUCAACAUUAGAUCAAGUUGGUGUGCAAGCAGAUACAUUACUUUAUUUCACACCUAUGCAUAAAAUUUUAAGAGUACAGCUUCCAGAUUUACGUUUUUUGGAUUGUCGUGUAGACUAUUCAAUAAAAACUUUUGGAGCUGUUGUAAAUUUAUGUAAGGAUUUAGGAAUUCGCCAUCCAGAAGAAUUAUCCUUAUGUAAACCACUUGAACCAGAAUAUUUGAAGAAAAAUUAUGCACAAUUUCCACACUCUAAAAUAAUAAUACCCGAGCCGAAUGGGACGAUACUUUUACAACCAGCACCAGAUACAAAUUCAUUUAUACCUGUAAAUUCAUUUAAUGGCAGUUGUAACAGUUUAGAUAAAACACAAAAUGGAUUUUCAUGUGCCCCAGUACAUCAACAUCACACACCAAAACGUUAUAAUCAACAGAGUACACCAAUUAGUUCCCCAACAGGUACAUGGAAGCAUAGUUCCAGUGGAUACACAACAUUUGAUUCAUCAUCAUCAUUAGGUGAUAUGACAGAAAAUCUUGCAGCUAGUCCAAGAGCACCCAGUCCAGAUGUACGUUCUCGUUUAAUAAGACCAAAGUCUUUGGUUGAAAAAGCCCGUAUGAAUAUUGGUUGGUUGGAUUCAUCUCUUUCUAUAAUGGAGCAGGGUAUUCGUGAAUAUGAUACACUAUGCUUGAAAUUUAAAUAUUACACAUUCUUUGAUUUGAACCCGAAAUAUGAUCAAGUGAGAAUUAACCAACUGUAUGAACAAGCGAAAUGGUCAUUAUUAAAUGAAGAAAUUGAUUGCACCGAAGAGGAAAUGUUAAUGUUUGCCGCAUUACAAUUUCAAGUUAUACAGCAAAAUGAUUUACAGCAACCAGAUUCUGGAAUUGACACAUCUAGUGUUGAAAAUGGAACUGAUGACGAUAUAGAUUCAGCUUUGACCAAAUUGCAGUUAACGUUGGAAGGACCAGACGCAAAUUUACAAAAUGGAAAUAUAACAAGAGUUCCGGAGCUUACAGAUUAUCUAAGAUUUUUAAAACCUAAAAAAUUCACUAUGAAAGGAUACAAACGUUAUUUCUUUGCAUAUCGUGAACUUCAUUUAUAUUUAUAUAAAAGCGCUGAAGAAUCACGAAGAUCUGCACCAACACAUGUUAUAAAUUUACGUGGAUGUGAAGUUACACCAGAAGUCAAUAUCAGUCAGGGUAAAUUCAGCAUUAAAUUAGAAGUUCCACCAACAGAUUUUAAUGGACCAAAUAGUGAAGUAUGGAUUCGUUGUGAAAAUGAAGAUCAAUAUGCCAGAUGGAUGGCUGCUUGCCGUUUAGCAUCUAAAGGACGAUCUCUAGCCGAUAGCUCAUAUUCAAGUGAAGUUCAAAGUAUAAAAUCAUUCUUGAGUAUGCAAAAACCAGCCCAGGCUCCAGCUGUUCAAAUUAAUCCAGCAUCAAUAGAUCCAAACGAUUAUAUUUCACCAAGAAUAUUAAAGAAAAUCAGAGGUAGAGCUGGUCAAAGAAUAUUGGAAGCACAUGCAAAUGUUAAAAGUUUAACAUUAACUGAAGCAAAAUUAAAAUAUAUCCAAGCAUGGCAAAGUUUACCAGAUUUUGGUGUUAGUCUAUUUGUUAUUAAAUUUGAUGGCCAUAAAAAAGAAGAAUUAUUAGGUGUCGCACCAAAUCGUAUUAUGCGUAUGGAUUUAAAUACUGGAGAUCAUUUAAAAACAUGGCGGUACAAUACAAUGAAGGCUUGGAAUGUAAAUUGGGGUGUUAAAUGCAUGAUGAUUCAAUUUGCUGAUGAAAAUGUCGUUUUCUCUUGUCUAUCAGCUGACUGUAAAGUUGUACAUGAAUUUAUUGGCGGUUACAUUUUUAUGUCGAUGAGAUCAAAGGAAGCAAAUCAAACAUUGAAUGAAGAAAUGUUCCAUAAGUUAACAGGGGGCUGGGUUUGAUUUAGAGCAAACUCUAUUUAAUUGAUGUUUUAAUAUUUUUUAUUUUCAAUUUAAAUUUAAAAUUUCCCUUAUUUUUUUUUUGUUUUUUUAAAAAAUUAAUUUAAUUUUUCAUUUUAAUUUAUUAUAAACCAAGAAUUUUCUUAACAAUUUUUUAUCUUUUAUUAUUUUUCUUUUGUCUUUUUAGUUGUUCAUGUAAAUAUUAACAAAUUAAUAAAUAUAAAUAUUAAUAAAAAAUUAAAAAAAAAAAAUGUAUUAAAUAAAUUGUAAAUUUAAAAAAUGUGAAACACAUAAAAUCACAUUAGAACAAUGAGGAUCUGUGUGCCGGGAUUAUUAGCACUAUAUACGUUAGAAUUUAAGUAAAUUAAAAUUAUAAAAAAUGAAAAAUUAAUUAAUUUUUUAAAUGUUGCUUUUUAAAAAAAGGAAGAAAAACAAAUAAUUAAUGUUUAUGCCUACUUAAAAUAUUUUAACAAAAUAUAAUUUAGAAAAUUAAAAGUGAGCGACAUCUAGUGGGAAAUUAAAUUUUCUUUUAAGUAUAAUUUAAGAUUUAAAUGUAAUAUUAAUAAUCAAGCUUUAAUAAUAAUUGUUAAUAGAAUCAAAAUCAAAUUUAUAUUUAUAUACUAAACUUUUUGUUGUAUAAUUUAAUGAAUAAUAUUAAAUUGGGAAAACUUUUAUAAAACAUUAUUUUGGAUUAAAAUUUACAGCAAUUUUUGUUUUUUUUUUUAUAAAUUUAAAAGAAUUUCUUGUAUAAUUGAUAAUUAUUUUCUAAACUAACAUUUGAUUAGAAUAUAUUUUAACAAAUUUAUAGUAUAAAAAGAUCUAAUUAUCAAAAUAAAUAAAUUAUCACUAAAAAUGAAAUUUCGUUUCAUAAUAACUUGAUUGUAGUUUCUUAUUUUAAUACAUUUGAAAUUUAAGUAGAUAAACUAUUGUUUUCUUUAAGAUAUGGCGAAGCACACCGUGAAUUUCUAACAAGAAAUUUAUUUUACUGAUGUGCAACUCGAAAUUUUGUUAAUUUUAACUAAUCAAUUGAUGAAGUGCAUGAAAAUGUUCUAUUGUUGCACUAUUUUGCAAAUUAUUGUUAAUCUUACUUAACAGAUCAUUAAAAAUAAAAACAUCAUGCUCUUUAUUUACAUUAGAUGUCUCUUAUAUUAAUUAAAUAUAAUUGCAUGUUUCUAAUAUUUAAUUUUAAAUUGAAAAUUUUAUUAAUUUUUUAAUUUGUACAUUUUUAUUAGAAAUCACAUUAAUACAAGAAGUUUGUUUCAAAAAAAUCUUUUAUAACUUUGAAUUUUUAAUUUAUAUGUGUCUUUUAAAAACAAAAUAAUUAAUGUAUUUAAAUAAUUACGUGGAAAGCAAAAUUUUAAAACAAUUUCAAUUUGAUUAUUAAAUUUUUAAGUUUAGUUUUUUGUCCCAUAUGUGUAAAAAAUAUUAAAUUUAUAAUAAUUAUUAUUAAUUCUUAAAUAUUAAAAUUAUUUUAAUGUAAUAAAUGUGGCCAAUGAUUUUUAAAAUGCUUUUCUUUUUAUUUUAAUUAUUAAAUGAAUUUAUAAAUAUUUUUUAAUAUUAUAUAAAUAAAAUUGUAAUUGUUAUUAAUAUAUUUAUCAUGUAAAUAUAAAUUUCAAAUUUCAUCAAAAAUUAAUAGAAAUAUAUCAAAAAUUUUAAAUAUACAUUUACUCCAUUAAUUGGAUUUUAAUUAAUAACUUUCAUUAGUUUCCUUCUUUUUUAAUUUAGAUGAAAUUUUCAAUUAAAUAAUAAUAAUUAAUAUGUGUCUUAUAUAAUAUAAAUGCGCUAAUCUAAUGUUAUUUACAUUUGUACAAUAUUAUUUAAAUAAAAUAAAAACAAUAUGCAAAGAAAAUAAAAUAAUUAAACUACAAUUUUACAUACUUAUAUAAAAAUAAAUAUAGAUAUUAUAUAUAUUUUUUUAAAUUUUAAAACAAAUUAAAACAGAGAAAAAAAACUAAAAAAACAAAAAAAAUUUAGAGUUCAUUAAAGAAAUUGAAAA